AUCCUUAAAAAAAUAUAAUUUUUUACCUAAUAUUUGGGGAAUAUUAUUAUUAUUUGUGGAGGAGCUAUUUUUAGGUGUAUUUAUUUUGUUUUUCUAAAAAAAAUGCAAUUCCACUCAAUUUUUUUAGAUUUCAACUAAAUUAACAGAAGACAAGAAGCAAUGAGAAUUGAAACCCUCAAAACUCACAGAUUGUUGGAAUUAUAGUGUCAUGGCAUUGAAUCUCAGUCUUCCUCUUCCUCCAUGUCUGAUUCCAAAACACAAGCACCAGUCCAGGCUAUCUUCUUUUUCUUCUUCUUCUUCUUCUUCUUCAUAUAGAGCAUCCGCGCAGUCUGAGAGGACCCAAGGCGGAGUAACGGAGGAGGAAUCUUCUGCUGCCUUUUCUGGGACUCUCUCUUCCGUGCGAACUCGGUUAGAUCUCUUGGAGCAACUCACUUCUACUAGUUCAUCAGUUGAUGGAGGUUAUGAGAGUGAUGGCCAUGGCCUUUCUCGAAACCUUACAAUUCGAGAACAGCUAGCGCAGCUAGUUGGAGAAAGAGAAGGCGACUUCAGCAUUCCUUUGGGAAAGGAUUUGAAGAAGGUUAGUGCCAAAUUCUUGACUAUAUCACAAAAGAGAAAUAUCAGAAGACAAGCCUACCUAGAUGAAGUGUCUCAAAGGAAUGACUCAGUUUUCUUUGCUACUAUUGGAGCAUUUGUUAUCCUUCCCCCUUUUAUAAUAUUAGGAAUUGCUAUAAUUACUGGUUAUGUGCAGCUUUUUCCAUGACAUUUAUUUACUACAUCAUUAUAGAGAAUCGUCGGAAACUAUAGGGCUUGUAUAGAUUAUGUACUUAGUUACUUCUCAUAUUUUGUCAUAAAUCAUUAUCGUAUCGAUCUUUUGAAAGUAUUUACUGGAUUCUA